AGAGAAGAGAGAGAGAGAGAGAGAGAGAGAGAGAGAGAGAGAGACUUAUAGGGAGCCAGUGGAAUGUUAUCUCUCAAAUCAUCAGAGGCACGAGGACAAGCACGCGUGGUUGUAAGGAUGGCUGGAGCAAUAUUAUCCUAAUCCGCGGGAAACAGAAGGAGGACAGCCGAAGACGACACUUUCUUGUCGCAUCGAUCUUAUCCGAGGACGCGUGUCCAUUGUUAUCCGCGCAUGGGUCAGAGGGCAACACAUCUCAGAGCGUGCGUUACCGGUCCUGUUUAUUAUAAUAUCCAUUCUGUAAGACAGACUGCUCGCGGAAAUUUCAUCAUACAACACAAAUCAUACGAUACCGGCUGCGUUAUAAGUGGAAUAGUGGCGAGGAAGAUAUUAGGCUGAGAAAUGCUGUUGCUGUUGUUAAAAUAAAAAUUCACAAAGCACAAUGGACAGAUGAACAUGAAACACUAAAACAGAUCUGAUAAAGGGGAUUUUGGGGAAUAGACUGUCGUCCUAUUCGUCAUCAACAGAGGGCAAUUAACAAUAAGUGCACUUUUGAAGCUUUUAUCAAACGGAUCUGAAAAUGAUGCUGAGUCCUGAUCAGACGGAUCCGGACCUCACCUGGCCACAGCCGGACACGGAAUGUCUGAACAUCAUGAAGGUGGAAUGUGUGCCUCGUGAGCCCUUUGAGGCCGAAGAUGGCAAGACUCGCGCACUCGUGCCAGCCGGGCUCACAAGAGAGGAGAAGAGACGGAGGAGGCGCGCGACUGCGAAGUACCGCUCUGCGCAUGCCACGCGCGAGCGCAUCAGAGUGGAAGCGUUCAACGUUGCAUUCGCUGAGCUUAGGAAGCUGCUACCAACACUUCCACCCGACAAGAAGCUGUCCAAGAUAGAAAUACUUCGUCUUGCUAUCUGUUACAUUUCUUAUCUCAAUCACGUUUUGGACGUUUAGACUACCUUUCAGCACAUUAUACAGCAUUUUGAAACAAAAUCCUACAGGUGAAGAAUAGCUACAUAGGCCUACUUUUAUUGACGUGACAACACACACAUAUUAAGAGGAAUGGGUAACACUUUAUAAUUCAGUAAUGGGCAUAUGGUAGCUAUUGAAUUGACCUUAAGAUACCCAAAAUAACAAAAAAGAUACGAGGAAGUAAGUAGGCUAUAUAUUCUGUUAGACAGUGUUCUUGAUGAAGGUUAUUAGAAAGAGUUUUACGUGUUGCAAUAAGUGAACCUUGUUGUUUUUGACACUAUAACAAGAGUUUAUGAUAGCCACAUAAAAGCAUAAGCUCAUUUGUUGUGGAGAGAUUUGACUUGGACUGGAUACGUCAUUGGCCUAAGCGAAACAAAUAGCCUACUAACAUUGACCUUUCGCAAUCUUGAUAUGAAUCAAGCGGAUUUUUUUUCUGUGCUGGAACAAAUCGUAACCUUGUUGUUAAUUUAUUUCUUAUUUUAUUUUGGUUUAUUUUAUUUAUGAAGUAAGUUAAGUUAUGUGAGUGUCCUGAAAAAAUAGCAUAUAAAGUGUUUACGUAGGCUACAUGUACAUAUUUAAUGUUUUAUUAUUAUUGAUGUCGCAGAGUUUCGUUUUAACUGUUGCUUUUCAUUUGCACUUUUCAAUUGGCAGUUUUCUUAGGAGGACCUUCGCUGUGUGUGCACUACGGUUAUUAUGGUGUUGUUGCUGUUGAUGUCCUGUCCUAUGAUAACAAGAAGCACUUCCAUCGGAUAGGAUCUAUUGCUGUACUGUAUUGUUUAUUUUGUUUACAGAGUGCUCAUAGAUAGCGCUUUAUAGGUACCAGAUGACUUGUGAUGAAUUAAAAGCACCAUUAGACUAAAUUAAAUACAUAAUAAUCAAUGUCAGCAGGUAAAAUGCAUAAAUAGUUGCUUGAUUUCCAUCCAAGUCUGUAAGCUACCCAUAGACGCUCUCUCUGCUGCGACCAAAAAAUGAUCUCAAAGUAGUUUAUUUUUUCUUUUAGAAACUAUCUAUAGAGAUUAUUUGUUUACGUGAUUCUUGUGAACCUUUUGGAAAUUUUAUAGCGAACAAAUUAUCUCACAUCUGCCACAAAUCCAAAGAUUACCCUGUUCGGGGGUUUGUCCGUCAUUUUGUAGUGGAAUAGCCAGUAGGACACUGGUUUGUAUCGCAGUUUUUUCAUAACUAUUUUAGAAUAAAUAGUACAAAAAUAAAUAUUAAUUCAACGCCGA